AUGCAUGUCCGUAAACAGCUCCCAAUGGCGGAUAGGUUCAACCAUACAUUGGCGGAGAUGGAUUUCUUGUUGAACUACAAUCCUAGUGAAGCCAACCAGGUCGUAGACGAACUCGUUGAGGAGUUCAAUCUAGGAAAGGAAAGGACCGUGAUGGGACGAAGGUCGCGUUUUUCAACCUAUUGGUUCGGACUCGGACGAUGGAUUUGGUGUUUGCCUGAGUAG